AUGGUGCGAUUAGAUGGAGUCGAAAAUGAUGUUAAAAGAGAAAUCGCAAUUACGAGACGUAACGAAGCACAACGACCUGCCGCUGAUAUGAAUCCUGAGAGACGUAUCUGUAAUAAUUGCAAUAUUACUAUUUCACGAGAGAUACGAAUGUUGGAGGAAGAUCCUCAGUGUAUGAGAUUAAAUGUCAUAUCUCAGACAUCUUCUCACACUUGUGUUGUCUGCAAUGCUCCUAACAAUGUUCAUAGGCUUUCGUUAAACUCUAGAGUAAACAUUUUUGUUAAACGAAAUAUAUAUAUUCCAGUUAACAACGUUUGUUGCAAUGAACAUUUGGAUGAGAGCGGUUUCCUUCAAGCUGACAUUGUUGAUCAGCUUAGAUUCAUAAAUAGGCCGUACAUAAUAAGAGGUCGAGAAUUGCAAUCACUGCUGGAAGCUCUACGUGGAGAAGUAUUUAAUGUCGCUCAGGGUAAAUUCAAUGAUGAGCAUGGAUUGACAGACCAGGAAUGUAAUGUGCUAACUUCAUUAUCAAAGGAACAAUUUCUUGAUUUGUUUGCUUAUUGUGAAAAUGCAAUUGAAGUACCUGGUGGACAUCGCUAUGUUUCUAAGAAAGAUCUUCUGUGUUUUCUUACAAAAUUACGUCAAGGUCUAAGCGAUGAAUUACUACGUGUAAUGUUUAAUUAUUCUUCGAGACAAGCUACUAGUCUAGCAAUUGCAACAGUUAGAAAAACAUUAAUGCAACAGUUCGUAGUUGAAAAUAUAGGGUUCGCAGCUAUUUCAAGGGAUGAGUUUAUUGAAAGGCAUACUACUGACUUUUCGAAUAAGUUGUAUAAUCCAGAUCCUGAAAAUCCAAAAGCAAUUAUUUACAAUGAUUGCACUUAUUUGGAUAUUGAAAAAAGUUCUUGUUUUAAAGCAUUGCGACAAUCCUUUUGCGUUCAUAAAUCUAAACAUUUGGUUAAACCUUCGGUGUUGGUGGCUUCAGAUGGAUAUAUACUCGAUAUUCAAGGACCAUAUUUUUCAAAUGCGAAAAAUAAUGAUGCAAAAAUCUUAAUAAAAGAGUUCCAAAGAGAUAUUAAUGGCAUGCGUAGAUGGAUUCAACCUGAAGAUAUUUUCGUUGUCGAUCGAGGAUAUAGAGACGCAAUUCCAUUUCUUGAUAGAGUUGGUAUUGUGCCUAAAAUGCCACCUCUAUUGGACCGUAAUCAGAGACAGUUUACUACUGAGCAGGCAAAUGAAUCGCGUCUAAUAACGAAAACAAGAUGGAUAGUAGAAGCAAUUAAUGGACAUUUAAAAAUAAUGUUUAAAUUCUUUUCGGGCACUAUCUCUACAUCUCACGUUCCAAAUCUUUCAGAUUUUCUUCGGAUUGCAGGAGCAAUAAUUAAUAAGUAUCGAGGUCCAAUAACAAUGGAAGGAGCGAAUGAAGAGAUGGCUCAAGAAAUGUUAAAUCGCAGUACAAUGCCUAACGUCGUACAAGCGAGAGUAGAGUUAGAAAAUCUGCAAAAUAGAAGAGCACGAUGGGUUCUAUUGACUGCUGCUCAUGUUCCUCUUUUUCCACAACUGACUGUCAAUUACCUUAAAGAUUUAACAACUGGAACGUACCAGUUACAUCUUGCUCCAUCUUACGUACAAGAUACCAUAUUAAGAGCAGAAGAAGAGGAUGAGAACGAUGACAUUGAACAGGCAAUUGAAAUAGACAACACUCAAAUUGAAGAAGGUUUUAUUCGUCUACGUAUCUACUCAAGAUUUACAAAUGCAAAACGGCAUCAAAUAUGGAUUGUCUUUAAUACAGAGUACAACCCAGAGAAUGAUCAAGACCAGGAUAACAAUCCCAUUCUAGGGUACUACUGCAUAUGCAAGGUAGGAGCCCGAACAUUAGGUGCGUGUGCUCACAUCACAUCCAUUCUCUGGUUUUUAGGAUACGCUAGACACGAGGAUAACGUUAGAUAUCCUUCAACACGAUUAUUAAGAACUGUGCAAAACGCUGCAAUGGAUGUUGACAACCAUGAAAUAAUAGACCCCUACAUUUAA